AUGGAUUCUCCGGGACUUAAUGGGGUUUUCUUUCUUUCCUCAGGUGUUGGGAAAACAACUUUGAUCCAGAAAGCCAGCGAGGUUUUAAAGUCCUCUGGGGUGCCCGUCGAUGGGUUCUACACGCAAGAAGUCAGGCAAGGAGGCAGGAGGAUAGGAUUCGACGUGGUCACGUUGUCCGGCCUGCGGGGACCCCUGUCUAGAGUGGGGGCAGGGCCUCCGCCUGGAACACGGGAGUGCCGGGUCGGGCAGUACGUGGUGGACCUGACGUCCUUCGAGCAGCUGGCGCUUCCUGUCUUGGACGCAGGUGUCCGCAGCAGCCCGGGGCCGAGAGUGUGCGUCAUCGACGAGGUGGGGAAGAUGGAGCUCUUCAGCCAGCCCUUCGUGCAGGCUGUUCGGCAGACCCUGGCCGCCCCGGGGACCGUGGUCCUGGGCACCAUCCCGGUCCCGAAAGGGAAACCGCUGGCCUUCGUGGAGGAAAUCCGGAGCCGGGCGGACGUGCAGGUGUUCAGUGUCACCAAGGAGAACAGGAACCACCUCUUGCCGGAUAUUGUGAGGUGCGUGCAGAGCGGCGGGAAGUGAGUGAUGGGCUCGCCCGCCCGUCCAGCAGCCCGGCCCGAGGGCGCCGGGCCCCCCCGGCUCUGAACCCGUGUGGGUUUCCGCAGGGAAAGCCUGCAGCUGUUUUCCAUAAAGGGUUCAGAGGGCGAGUCAGCCUGCACGCUGGCCCGCCGCAGGACUGGUCACGGCCGUGCGUAUCCGCGGCUGUUUAUUUCCUCUGCGGUUGUGCGUCUGAUUGGGGUAAAUGCUGAGAUGAGGAAGGUUCCGGCACCAGAUGGGAUCCGCCCCAGUGAAGCUGAUGAAUGUGUGGGGGGUGGGGGGGUUCCUGCCUCAUCUGUCCUGCACUUCGCGGACGUGAAGCCCUCCCAGGUGCAGCCCUCCCAGGUGCGUCCGCAUCUGGUGCCGCCUGAAGCGUGAAGUUACUUGAUUUUUAAAAAGGAUUAUUUUGAAAGAAGAGCCUUUCGGGCCCUCCCCGCACCAUCUUUUACUGUUUCCUUGUUUGCUUAUUACUUUAUAAAAUAAAAGGAGCGUGAUGGUUGCAGA